AUGAAAGAGAACGACAUUAAUUCUGAUCACAUCGAAGUGACAUCCCAAGAUCUGUUUCGCCAAGGAGCACACGCUCUGGCUGGUGAAUCCAGCCGUAAUGACCCAGUACCUGUCAGCUCAUCACCAUCAUCCGGUGUACAGAUCCCACAGAGGUACAAGAUCGACGGGGUCAGGAGCGAGUUCUCGUCGACGAAUUUCACAUCCUUGCCCGACGCGUAUCUAGCGACGUGGCGUCCAACCGCUCUGAUCCGCCACCCUGCAUUGGUGUUUCCCUCUUCUCAACGAGCGAUGCACAGUUUGAAAGCAGGGGGGUUUAUGGAACCCGAAAUGGUGGAACCGAUACCGGAGCUUCACCCUAUGCAGUGA